UUCCGUAGAAGAUUUGUUGUGGUUUUGUUGUUUCGAGGAAGAAGAAUUGAAGUUAGCUUAUUCGCUAAUGUUAACGUAAUUUACAUAGCAGUUAGAACAGGUUAUCCAGGUUUUCUGUAUCAGUCGGGGAUAUUAAAAAGUAUGCUACUGCACUUGUAAAGCGCAUCUUGAAGCUGGGGCUUGUAUUUCUCUGAUAUGAUGUUGUAGUCAGCUAACCUACAGUAACUUAGCUAAGGUGCAGCAUGAAACCCAUGAUAAUGAGGCAGUGUGUUCUUCAUGGACCCAGUGGAUCAUGUCUCUGAUCCUGUUUGCCUUUGUAGUCCGGGUCAGGGAUGGACUCCCCCUGUCAGCCUCCACAGACUUUGAACACAAUCGAGAGCUCCAGGAGAGGAAGCAGCAGCUCAGGACCAUCAGCAAGGCACUGGCCCUCUUCCCUGACAGAGGGACGGUCAAGGGCCAGAAACUCAACAUAUACUUCGUCUCUUCAGAGGGUGUAUCCUACAUGACCGUGUGCCACUGCAGCCUCCCUGUUGCUAAGGCCUUCUGCUUCCUGGAAGAUCUGCGCUGGGAGUUCACCACAUGCUACAAUAGCACUGUUGUUGCCUUGGCAGCCAGGCCAUAUCCGUUUUUGGAAUUUGACAGCACCAUUCAGAAGCUAAAGCAGCAGUACAACCAGAGUGGUGGUCCGGCCCUAGAAAUCACAUUGGCAGAGGUCCAGCAGGAUCUGAACAUCCACCCACCACAAGUCCUUACCUUGGAGGAGGUGGAGCUAACCAACGGCACCGCAAAUGGGCAUAUGGAGCAAGCCCCUGGAUCUGGUCAGAAUGUAAGACUUGAACCAGUGACAGCACCAGGCAUCCUCUCUCUGGUUCUCAAUAUCAUGUGUGCAUCUUUGAACAUCAUCCGUGGUGUGCACCUCAUAGAGUACACAUUCCAGGAUGAUUAUGAAGGAAUAUGGAAUGUCGUGGCUUUUUUUCUGGCGUUUGUCUGCUGUGUUUUUCAGUGCCACCUGUACCUGUUCCAUUCAUCUCUAAAGAAACCCAAGUCCUUCACUCUGUUGAGUGUGAUCGUCCUAUGCAACUUCUACCUGCUUGGCAUGAGAAACAUGUGGCAGCUGAUCUUCCACAUUUCUGUCGCCUCCCUCUCCACCGUCCUCAUCCUCACCCGCAAACUCCAAGACAGAACCAAUGACUGUGGGGUCUGACGGGCACACUUAGACACUCGUGUUGCACCUCUCCCACCUCUUUGUGACUCCGGUUUUGAGUGCAGGUAAGAAGAGCAAGGAAGAAAAUGUAGUCUACAUGAGUUAUGAAGAAGUCAUGUGGAUUUUUAACAAAAAAUUUUUGUGUCAUCAUGGACAAUAUUCACUAUUUUCUUGUAUACAAUACAUACUUGCACUUUGUGUACACGGUUUCAAAGACUGUAAAGAGUUUACAGCGAAAUGCAGUUCUUUCCAAAUCCUCAAAAUUAUCAGAUUUUAACAAAACAACUUGGGAUGUGGUUGAAGGAGUACGUCCAAAAUGUUCUUGAAGAAGAUAAAAGGAUUUUUUUUCAGUCAGAGUUGCUGAUCAAAGUUUUUCAUGUAGAAAAAGUAAUAUUCUCAAAAUUUCAGCUGGUUAUGCUUGUGAUUUUGUAAGACACAUUUCGGCAGGCGUUCAGCUCAGUAUUAUAUCUGCUACCACAGGCCAUUGAUUAUCUUUCCUUAAAGUAAUCAGUUUACAAUGCUAGGUGACGGAUAGUGAUUGUAGCAGCCGUUAGAUUUAAUUUUACUUUUAACAUAGGUUUACGUGGCUGAUUAGCAGGUAAUUAGUUCGUCCAUCUCACAUUGGUAACAGUGUGAUACUUAAAGUAAAUAAUUUAGUGUAGUUUGAUUAAAGAUCGGUGAGAGUGAAGUAAAGUGAGCAAUGCAGCUAUUUUAAUUUGUUUUCAAUUACUUGCUCAUUACUGGCCUGUAAGAUACAGCAAAAAUGUGCAAGUAUGGGGUGGUUCCAUGCCUUACUGUGUGACAAUGCAAAUGUUGUUGAUUGUUUUAGUUUGUCUGUCUUAUGUACAGAUACACCGGCAAGUGCUCAGCUAGUCAUCGCAAAGGUUCAAAUCCAAGGGCUCCGUUAUUAAAAUGACUUAAUAGAAAUUACAUUCUACACUCGCAGUUAUGGCCAUGUAUGGCAAGAUGUUGGAUAUUUAUUUUAAGCUUCAAAACAGAUUUUGGUCAGAGGAAAAUGGCUUCAUAUCAAAUCCAAUUUAAACUUUUUUUUUGUACGAUCAAAGUAAAUUUAUAUAUUUUAGUUUGUCUGUUCCAUCUUUGUCUACUGAUCUCUGCAUUGUCAAGAUGUAAACUGCGGGUAAAAGUAUGAAAGCACUGAUAUGAUGGGUUGAAUAUAACUGAAAUUUUGACUGCACUAUUAGUUUGUAGAUGUUUUAUUUGUGUUUGGGAUGGAAAUUGUUCUUGAAUGUUUUACAUAUCAGGUUCAGCUAAAAAUUAUAUUUAUAUCCUGGUUCUUUUUUUUUCUUGUUUUGUUUGGUCUACAACACCACUCCCUAGCUGUAGUUCUUCUAGUUCUAGUUAUAAACAUAAAUCAUAAGGUUAUAAUUUAUAUUUUGGAUAUAGAAUACUUUAUAGUAGCGCUGCUAAAUUAAUUGGCUAAUUAAUGAUGCUAAGUCUCCUAUUAGUUAAUUUUUUAAAAAAACAUUUUGUGUAUUUAGCUUUUACGGUUUUCCAUUUUUAAUAGUUAAAAAUUUGCAAGUGAUAUCCGUAAAGGGAAAUGAAUUAUUAGUUUAUAGUAUUGUGGCUGCAGCGGAAUUGUAUAUUAUCCGUCCCUUUCAUCUAUCUAUUCUAUGAAGGAGGUUAGAGGCAUUUUUAUGGAAAGCAAAAGGGUAACAUUUCAUCCGACAAUCCAAACAUCCUUUACUGUAAAGAAGCAAUAGUUUAGAAAAGCUACAAAGAUUAAGGAAACUCAAACGUUUUUCAUUGGGAGUGUAAAAUGAAGUGUAGCUGCAGAUCAAUACAAUUGAGCCUUUCAAUAGAAAAUUGUGUUCUCAAUUAGACUGCUAUUCAGAAAUUUGGUACAGUGCUGAAAGUUAGACUGGCUCAAUAAACAGCUUAUUGAUGCUGUGUUUAACCAUAUGGUUAAGGCGUAAAAUCUUGUUUAAAUUGAGUUUCUUUUGACAGGGUUCACAUUAAUUUAAUUUUUGGUGAUUGAAAACCAUAAAGAAGUGUAACUGUGUUUUUACUUGUUUUGCUUCAUGGUAUUUUCAGUGCAGGAUUUUGAAUAUUUUUGAUACAAAGGAGGUUUUACUGACUCACUAUUUCCACUGUAGACUACAAGAUGUGUGUAACUACACAGUUGACCAAAUGAAUUGUAAAAGAAAAUGAUGCCAUUGAUGUUCUUGAGAUGUAAAACCAAAUAAUGUGGACACUUGAAUUAAAAAUGAAGGAUAAUUAUGCUCAUUAUGAAGGUUCAAAACAUACAGUAAAAAUGCACUAUACAACUGAAACCUUCUUCUAUUGACAUCUUAAGUCUUAACUCUAAACCUUGUGUCAGUUUCCAGGAGAGUUUCCUUCAGCAGAAAUAAGUUAUUUGUAUCUAAUUAGACUCACUUGAGGUUGAAUCAGUGUUUUGUUUUUUUGUGGCUGCAAAUUGUUUAUAAUGAUGGAAAGUAACAUAACAAUGUCAUUCAUUGUAACUGCCAAAUACACUGGUGAUUACAGGGCUUUAUUUUUUUUCCUGCUGUGGUAAAACUGACAUUUCAUUAAUAAACAGUGUCAAUUUUU